AGGUGAUUUAUGCAAGGUCGUAUAAAACGUGAAAAUCAAGAAUGGUUUUGGAGAAGUUUCUGCAUCGACUGAAAAUCUCAAAACGGAACCCACUGAUGGAAUCAGAUGGGGACGGCGAUUCUGUGUACUCCAGGUCACCUUCAACCACAAGUUCUUCGGCGCAGCUCCUUCCGAAAUCGAGUCCUCCGCAAAGCGCUGCUAAAUCGUUCUUCUGGUCUUCUCCCUUGAAACGAGCCUUCACCAAACUGGUCGGGUGCAACAAAUUGGCAUAUUGGUGUAGGAGAUCGCGGAAACCGCCGACGUCCAGCCCAGCUACCCCGGGAAAGGACCCUUUACUGCAGCACAGUGCCUCAGACGAUUGGUACUGUCAGGGAGCGAAACAGAACUGCUACGAGAAGCAAGAACAGCUCAUUCAAGCUUAUUUCAAGAAUCUGCGAUACGAUAACCGGCUGUUCUCGAUCGGAAUAUCCCGGACUACCUUCAGCGGGAAGUUGCUGGGCCCGACCGAAAUCUACGCCAAACCCGGAUCGAAGAUAAUUGUCGAAAGCGCCGAUGGUCGAUACUUCAAAGUCAGAAUAGAUGUACAGAAAAGCCACAGAGAGAAACGCUGUUCAACCCCCACGCCUCCAGGUUUCGUCGCCGAUAUGGUAACACGACUUGAAGACAACCACAUGCCUCUCGAGCCGGGUAUUCAUCAGAGAAGCGAAAGGACACACUACACGGGGUCUCAGGAUGCCUGUCAUCAAUCUAGCAUUCUAGCCUCUAAAAGCCUGACCGGGGGCAACAUUCCCAACAGGCACAAACAUAAAAGCAACACGACUCAAACGAAGAGAAGAAAUCCUAAGAAUAAUUUCAGUAAUGUAUUGCAUCACUCUGGCUGUCAAGCCACGAAUUCCGGAGUCUUCGUAUCGAUCAGAGAGCAAUACAGCUCAGUCUCAGUGGGGCUUCGGCCCGAUGUCGUUAUCGGCCAACCCAAUCAUCAUUUGAACUGUUUUUCGCCUGGAGAACAUUUCAUCUGCCACUAUUUCUGA